AUGACUCUCAUCUCUUUACUUCUGCUGGCUACUCUGGUGCCAUCCCCUACCCGAUCUGAUGUGGGUAUAAUAAAUGGCACAGAGGCUAAACCACAUUCAAGGCCCUACAUGGUUUCUGUUCAAAGAAAUGGAAAGCACACCUGCGGUGGCUUCCUUGUCUCAGAGCACUUCGUCAUGACGGCUGCACACUGCUGGAAUUAUUCUAAUAUAGGGGAAAAGCUGACUGUUGUGCUGGGCGCUCAUGAGCUGCAAAAGAGCAACUCUGCUUUGGGCCGCGUGGCAGUGAAGUUCUAUCACAUCCACCCAAUGUAUGACUCAGAACGUCUCUUAAAUGACAUCAUGCUGCUGCAGGGUGACUCCGGAGGGCCUUUAGUGUGUAAGGGUACUGCAGUCGGCAUUGUUUCAUUCACAGAUAGCAAAAGCUGCAAUUCACCCAAGAUGUUGCCCAACGUCUACACCAAGAUCUCCAAAUUUCUGCCCUGGAUUAAUGGUAUUGUAGGAAGCAUGAAGUGAACACCUGGUUAAUAACCAAUAAACAUGCUA